GAAAAAAUAUGACUUCAUGAGAAACUACUUUUAGGGCUUCAGAAAAAAACUGUAAAUGUUUUCAUUAUAACUAUCAAACCAAUGAUUGUAUUGUAAUAUGCAAGAUAUAUACAUAUUUCUACAAUUGCAAAUACUGUUAGCAUGCUAAUUUUGACCUCACCAAAAUGGCUGCUGGUUUCAGCCCGUUUCAUCCCUCCCCGGUUGUUUGUGGUUGCCAGGCAACUUCAAACCACUGUUGGAAGAGGAGCUGAAUGGCAGUGGAUCUAACGAGGACGAUACCCCAAGCUUUGUGUGUGGAGAUAUUUUCACCUCCGCUCAGCUGUAUUUGUUCUCCUCAAUGUCAUCAGCUGUUUACUCCCAAACCUUAGAGGGCAGAGCUUUCAUGCCUCUAUGUCUUAAUAAAGUGGAAGUGGACACUUCCCUUUGCUUUUACCUGCUGUCUGCCCUCAAGCCGACGUGUGUGUGGGGUGAACGGUGAGACAUGGGGUCAGAGGCAGUGAAGGUGGUGGUCAGAUGCCGGCCGCUGAACGACCGGGAAAAGGCUCUGAGCUCCAGGAGCGUGCUGUCCAUGGAUCUGCAGCGCUGCCAGUGCUUCAUAGAGAAACCCAGUGCGGUGGACGAGCCUCCCAAACAGUUCACCUUUGAUGGGACUUACUUCACUGAUCAAACCACUGAAGAGAUGUACAAUGAGAUUGCUUAUGCUUUGGUUGAGGGUGUCACUGAAGGAUACAAUGGCACCAUUUUUGCCUAUGGACAAACUGGAAGCGGUAAGUCUUUCACAAUGCAGGGCGUGACGGAGCCUGCAUCCCAAAGAGGAGUCAUCCCACGUGCAUUUGAACACAUCUUUGAGAGUAUUCAGUGUGCAGAAAAUACAAAAUUUCUGGUGAGGGCCUCCUACUUGGAGAUUUACAAUGAAGAAAUCAGAGACCUUCUGGGAAAUGACACCAAACAGAGGUUGGAGCUGAAAGAGCACCCAGAGCGUGGCGUGUACGUGCGUGAUCUCUCCAUGCACACUGUGCACAAUGUGGGCGAGUGUGAGAGAAUUAUAGAGCAAGGCUGGAGGAACAGGGCGGUGGGCUACACACUGAUGAACAAAGACUCCUCCCGCUCCCACUCCAUCUUCACCAUCCACCUGGAGAUCUGCAACAUAGAUGCAGCAGGCCAUGACCACCUACGAGCAGGUAAACUCAACCUGGUCGAUCUGGCAGGAAGUGAGCGUCAGUCUAAAACUGGUGCCACUGGUGAGCGACUGCGUGAGGCUACAAAGAUCAACCUGUCCCUCUCGGCCUUGGGGAAUGUCAUCUCUGCCCUGGUGGACGGUCGCUCCAAAUACAUCCCCUACAGAGACUCCAAGUUGACGCGGCUGCUGCAGGACUCUCUGGGAGGUAACACGCGCACUUUGAUGAUCGCCUGCCUCUCCCCUGCAGACAACAACUAUGAAGAAACACUGAGCACGCUGCGUUAUGCCAACCGGGCCAAGAGCAUCCAGAACAGACCUCGCAUCAACGAGGACCCUAAGGAUGCUCUGCUCAGAGAAUAUCAAGAAGAGAUCAAGAACCUGCGAGCCCUGAUCUCAGGCCAGCUGGGCUCUGCUAACCUUUCAACUUUACUGGCUGGUCAGUUGUCUGAAACAUCUGCGGAUCUUCCUUCAAGGCCACAGUCGAGUACCACAGAAGCAGAGAAGGAAAAGAUUAAAGAGGAGUACGAGGAGAGGCUGGCCAAGUUACAGGCCGAAUACAAUGCAGAGCAGGAGUCCAAGGCAAAGCUGCAGGAGGACAUUGCUUCACUGCGUUCCUCCUAUGAAUCCAAGGUGUCUAAUCUGGAGAAGGCCCAGGCCAGCAGGGGGAGCACUGUCCCAAUGAAUGACAACAUAAAAUUAUCUGCACAUGAAGAACCAUCAUCAAUGAGCUCGAGCUGUAAACCUGACCUGUUAAACCUCAGUUCAGCUGAGGAAACUUCUCUUACCAAGCCUGUGGUACCCUCUGCUGAAGUUGGUGUCCACAAAGAUCAAAGGGGAGACGGACUUGCAAAUACAAAUGAAAUCCCCACAGCAGAGCCUCUGGACCAGAAACAUGUCCUGGAAAGGCUGCAGCAGCUGGAACAGGAGGUGGUGGGAGGAGAGCAGGCCAAGAACAAGGAGCUGUGGCAGAAACAUCGGCAGAGGAGGAACCUUGCCGACCAGAGGAAAGUCCAGCUCCUCCGUGCACUGUCUGAGAACAGUGAGGAGAGUGAAAAUGUUCUCUUUAAUGUCUACAAUUCCAUCCAAGAAGAAGUCCAUGCCAAAAGCCAAGUCCUGGUCAAGGUGCAGGGCAAGCUGAAAGCAGCCAAGCUGGAGAUCCGUGAUCUGCAAGCAGAGUUUGAGGUGGAGAGGAACGACUACCUGGCCACCAUCCGGCGACUGGAGAAGGAGGGCCAGCUACUGAACAGCCUGCUGGAGCGCAUGGUGCCUCUGGUGCGCCGAGACUGCAACUACAGCAACCUGGACCGGCUGAAGAGAGAAGCAGUCUGGGAUGAGGACAAUGCUGCAUGGAGGCUACCGGAUGUGAUGGUGCAGAAAACAACUCUGCCUUCAGCAGUGCAUCCAAAAUCUUCAGCAGGCAGAGGCUCCGCUGCUGAAUGUGGAGAAACUUUAAUGCAGAUGGAAGAGGACAGGUACAAGGAAAUGCUUGACCGCAGUGACAGUGAGAAUAUUGCCAGCAGCUACUUCAAGUCAAAGAGAACCAGUCAACUGCUAGGUGGAGACACAACCAAGGGACAUGCCGUCCACUCUCCUUCUCUGGUCAGCGGAGCAGCCCACCAUUCAAUGAGCAGCCCGACUGUGAACACACCGGUCAGCUCUGACUCCAUCAUGCCUCGGCCUUUCCGCCUGGAGUCGCUGGGCGUCCCGGUGUCCGGUGGUAAGGUGAAGCGCAAGAAAAGCAAAACUCACAUCCACAAUGAAGGGAUUUGAAAAGACUUGAACCUCAGUGCUUUUCGCACCAACACAUCUCAAAGGAAAAAAGGUGUGUAGGAUUUAAAGCCCACAUAGACCGGAAGCUCCAAUUAACGCUGCGUUUGUGUGUGUAUCUGCGUCAUUACCUCGUUUAUGAACCCUACAGUUUCAGAACAAACAGUUCAGCCACUGCUGAGAAAAUAGUGUUGUAUUGUUUUCCUGGGCUCUGCUAAGCGGAUCGGCACUUCCUUAGUUUGAUGUCGUCAUCAGAAAUCCUCACCCCUCCUCUCACCACCGUAGCGCCUCUUGGUGCGGGCACUAGUCCGGGCACAUCCGGUUGCGUACAUUCAACCGCAGAAGAAGAAGAACUACUCUCGUUGUAGCUGCUGAGAUGCAGAGCAUCCACCGUGCCAGAGGGGGAGCUGUGUAUCUGAGAGCGGGCCUAUCUAUUACGUCACUUCCAGGUACCUGGCCAAUCACAGGACAGUGGGAAAGCUCUCGUUGGCUGGCCAAUCACAACACAGUCCACAUUCUGGGGGUGUGGUUUUGGUCUGAAACAGCGCGGCUGACGAGUGUCAGUGAGGAGAUAUUUUGAUCGGCUCGUUUGCAGCGAUUAGGAGGUUUUUAAUCAUGAAAACAAGUUAAUAUAUGUAAGUAGACCUCCAUAACUAACAUAUAUGUGUGAUACAAGCAUUCUAUGUCACCUUUAAGGAAAUGUGUUACAAAAUGCUACUUUCAUUGUGAGGAAACUUUAACUAUACUCACAAAUCUGUGAUACUCAGAAAUCCACCUGCUGUAACAAAUUAAAUGUUUUUUUGUUACUAAUUGAAAAACCACAGUCUAACAUGUUCCACAUGAGUCAUUUUGCUGCUAAUUAGAUAAACUAAAAUUAACAUACAUGUAUAUACUUCAUGGCUAAUUUAAUAAUUUAAGAAGUAAAUUAACUUUUUUUUUUUUUUACGAACAGUAAUAAGAUCCUCAUGGAUGUCAGACCAGUUUGUGUUUUGUGAGUGACUGUCGUCACAAAAAUGGGUUGGAAGGCUGUUGUCAAGGCAGCAGCGUCGACAGACAGUUACAGUAUCUCAUGUUACACACAGCGCAACCUCUGGGUUCAGUACUGUGGACUUUUGCAUGACCUUAUUUUACCUAAUGAAGAUGAGAGAAACCUUAAUUUAUGCUUAAGCCAAAUAUAUCAAAAUCUUUCCUGUUUCCAAAACUACAGUGUUUUGCAAAAGGCAUGUGAACAAAUAAACUGAAUUCUUUCUGCA